CAUGAGUAAAGCAGUGUUUUACCCUUACCGUCAAACGGACGCCUAUGUAGAAGAUACUGCACAUUUCUGUAAGAUAGUUUCUUUUCUUGUAACUUAUCGAAAGAACUCACAGAGAAAGACAUGUCCCGAUUCCUUGUUUUGCUUUCGUAUUCCGUGCUGUUUAUGAUGUCUGCAGCUGGUGGAAAAGAUGGGCCAAUUUCGCCUAAAAAGUAUCAAAGUCAGAUUCGAGCAGGUUUUUCCACAAACUGGUUUAAGACAGAGAAACCAAUGAAUAAGUACUCUGAGCAGAACAUUAAAGACGUCCACGACAGAGGGUUUAGUAACUUACGAAUUCGAUGUAGAGCAGAUCUCUACUCAUACGACUACUCCGCCGUCAAAUUCAAACGGUUUCUUGGCUUUCUGACGACCGUUGUCGACCAUUCCCUGAAACACAAUGUGAUUCCAAUCAUCUCCUGGAUUCACCAUCGCGCAGAAGCCUACGCUACAAAGAAGGACCAUGACGCCUAUGUUGCCUGGUGGACAGCAGUGGCACAGCAGCUAAAAGACAGGGACUACAGACUGAGUUUUAAUCUCUUUACAGAACUUGGAAUAGACACUUGUAAAGAGGAAGGGAAAAGUUGUGACGAAAGUCUUCGCGUAAGAACAGACAAAUAUAACCAGUGGACAAAAGAUGUAACAAAAGCAAUCCGAGGUACGGGUGGCAAAAACGCUAAGCGAAUAUUAAUUCUGGCGUCGCCAGGAAAAACUGCCAAGGAUUUACCUGAUAUCGAUCCUGAAAUUUAUAAAAAUGAUCCGUACAUGAUGGCUGAAUGGCAUCUUUAUGCUUCAGGGCCCAACAAAGUGAAGGAUUCCCAGAAGUUCUGGAGUGGAGAUGGUAAAUCUGGAGGCCAAGCAAAUGUCGAAGAAGCAAUCAGCUAUGCAACGACGUUCUCGAAGAAGACUGGCCUGCUGACUUACCUUGGCGCGUGGAUGCCUCAAGACAACACAAAGGGAAACAUAACAGAAACAGAAGCCAUCAAAUUUUCCCGUUUCUUUGUUGAGGAGCUGCGUAAGAAGAACAUACCAUGGUCCCUGAACGUUCUGGACAACUAGUACAACACCAAGGAGAGCAAAUGGCGGACAGAGAUUCAAGUAAUCAAAGGUCAGCCAUUAAAGAUGGCUAAGAUUUUGAACAAUAUUAUUAAAGUAAUGCCAUAAGGAUGUUUAUAAGUUAAUUUUACAUCAGAAUACUUGAGUGAUCAUGAGUUUUCAUAACUUUGGGUGUAGUCGAGGAUUGCCUUAUAUGCCUCACCUAUAAUACGAGGUUAUUAAGUAAGCCUAAAUCGUGUCAACCAAUGAUUGUAGACAACUGUUUUCAUGCUAUUCGGGUCACAAAGAAGAAAUAAGUAAGAGUAGUUUUAAACGUGUACAGGGAAUAUUACAGUUCUAUAUGAAAACUUCAGUCAAGGAGUGAUGCAAACUGCUGAAAAAUCGUAAUAAAUCAUUUUA